ACAUCUGGGACAACCUGGGCACGAACUCAUAACCAAGGAAGAAAACAGAGAAUUGAAAAUCCAAGUGGACAGGAAUGGACAUCACGUGAAAGAACUCACACAGCAGAGAAACCAUAUAAACGCAUGUAAUCUCAGUAUACAUCAUAUAACUCAUGAAGGGAAGAAAAUGUAUCCAUGUAUGAAAUGCGGAAGGAGCUUCAAUCGGAGGUAUACACUUAGGUCACAUGAAAGAAUUCACACUGGUGAGAAGCCAUAUAAAUGCAUGGAAUGUGGAAAGAGGUUUAUUCACAGUAGUGCCCUUAGGUCACAUCAAAGGACCCACACUGGAGAGAAACCAUAUAAAUGCAUAGAAUGUGGAAAGGGCUUUAGUAGCGAUGGUGCCCUUAGGUUACAUAAAAGGACUCACACUGGGGAGAAACCGCAUAAAUGCAUGGAAUGUGGAAAGAGGUUUAUUCACAGUAGUGCCCUUAGGUCACAUCAAAGGACCCACACUGGAGAGAAACCAUAUAAAUGCAUAGAAUGUGGAAAGGGCUUUAGUAGCGAUGGUGCCCUUAGGUUACAUAAAAGGACUCACACUGGGGAGAAACCGCAUAAAUGCAUGGAAUGUGGAAAGAGGUUUAUUCACAGUAGUGCCCUUAGGUCACAUCAAAGGACCCACACUGGAGAGAAACCAUAUAAAUGCAUAGAAUGUGGAAAGGGCUUUAGUAGCGAUGGUGCCCUUAGGUUACAUAAAAGGACUCACACUGGGGAGAAACCGCAUAAAUGCAUGGAAUGUGGAAAGAGGUUUAUUCACAGUAGUGCCCUUAGGUCACAUCAAAGGACCCACACUGGAGAGAAACCAUAUAAAUGCAUAGAAUGUGGAAAGGGCUUUAGUAGCGAUGGUGCCCUUAGGUUACAUAAAAGGACUCACACUGGGGAGAAACCGCAUAAAUGCAUGGAAUGUGGAAAGAGGUUUAUUCACAGUAGUGCCCUUAGGUCACAUCAAAGGACCCACACUGGAGAGAAACCAUAUAAAUGCAUAGAAUGUGGAAAGGGCUUUAGUAGCGAUGGUGCCCUUAGGUUACAUAAAAGGACUCACACUGGGGAGAAACCGCAUAAAUGCAUGGAAUGUGGAAAGAGGUUUAUUCACAGUAGUGCCCUUAGGUCACAUCAAAGGACCCACACUGGAGAGAAACCAUAUAAAUGCAUAGAAUGUGGAAAGGGCUUUAGUAGCGAUGGUGCCCUUAGGUUACAUAAAAGGACUCACACUGGGGAGAAACCGCAUAAAUGCAUGGAAUGUGGAAAGAGGUUUAUUCACAGUAGUGCCCUUAGGUCACAUCAAAGGACCCACACUGGAGAGAAACCAUAUAAAUGCAUAGAAUGUGGAAAGGGCUUUAGUAGCGAUGGUGCCCUUAGGUUACAUAAAAGGACUCACACUGGGGAGAAACCGCAUAAAUGCAUGGAAUGUGGAAAGAGGUUUAUUCACAGUAGUGCCCUUAGGUCACAUCAAAGGACCCACACUGGAGAGAAACCAUAUAAAUGCAUAGAAUGUGGAAAGGGCUUUAGUAGCGAUGGUGCCCUUAGGUUACAUAAAAGGACUCACACUGGGGAGAAACCGCAUAAAUGCAUGGAAUGUGGAAAGAGGUUUAUUCACAGUAGUGCCCUUAGGUCACAUCAAAGGACCCACACUGGAGAGAAACCAUAUAAAUGCAUAGAAUGUGGAAAGGGCUUUAGUAGCGAUGGUGCCCUUAGGUUACAUAAAAGGACUCACACUGGGGAGAAACCGCAUAAAUGCAUGGAAUGUGGAAAGAGUUUUAGUAGGAGUGAUACCUUGAAGUCACAUGAAAGGUCUCACACUGAGGAGAAACCAUAGAGAUUCAUGAGAUGUGGAAAGGGUUUUAGGAGAAGUGAUACCCUUAGGUUACAUCAAAGGACUCACACUGGGGAGAAACCACAUACUGUAAAUGCCUGGAAUGUGGAAAGAGCUUUCGUAGCAGUGGGACCCUUAGAUUACAUCAGUGGACUCACACUGGGGAGAAGCCAUAUAAAUCCAUGGAAUGUGGAAAGAGCUUUUGUAUCAAUGGUACCCUUUAAUAUUUAUAUACGUUUCAUGACUGACAUAAAUAUUAUAAGUGUUUUUACCUUUUUUUAUUGUAUUCUUAGAUAUUUAGAAGUAUUCUGAAGAUGUAUUCUCUGUUUUUCUAGAUUAUGACCUCCAGUGUUUUAAUGUGUUUAUAUUUUAGAUUCAAACACAUCUUAAAUUUUUGCAUAUUAUCUCAAUUUAAAUUCCUGAAUCUUUUUACAAGGUGCAAGGAUGUAUUUGAAGUAAGCCUGCAGUUUUUGCAUAACAGUAUUAUGUUUGGAUUUGAAGAUCUGUUCCGGUAGUUUUUUCCUAAUGCCUGUAAGACUGCCUUAUAUAUUUUUUUGGAUUUAGUAUACAGUAUUUAAGUAUGAAUGCAAGAAAUGAUAUAAAGAAAUGAACUUGUACAGAAUUAAGAAAUUUUGGAAUUGCCUGGAAUCAUUGCAACAAUAAAAAGACUUCUUAUG